AUGGCCAACCAAGAUUUGCCUGUCCUAGUCGCAGAGACUAACGAUGUCAGGCCGUUUGCGAGAUUACUGAGAGGGAUAGGACUCAAGCAUAAUGCUGUUAUGGAGAUCAGUGAGGCUGGAUUUGCAGUUACAGUAGAGGAAGUUCGUACUUUAUGCGCAAUCGCGUGGAUACCUACAAAUCUCUUCACUUCCUUUACAUAUAAUCAACCCUCUAUCCCAGCAACCUUCGAAUUCUCCCUUGAUUCUCUCCUGCAGUGUCUGAACAUAUUCGGUAAUGCCGGAUCGACCUCAUCUAAUACGGCUACAUCCGCAGCGAAAUCGAAGAGAAGGUGGGCGGGAGAAGGAGAAGUAGGUGUGGAUGAGGAGAACGAAGAGUAUCAGGUGAAUGGGAGGAAGGGGAAGGAGAGAAGGACAGGUAUGAGGAUGGAAUGGAGAGGUCAGGGACAUGAUCUGAAUGUGCUACUAUCGGACGAUUCCAGAGGUCCUACUACCACCUGCGAAUUGCGUACAUUAGAGCCUGAGGAACUGAUGAAUGCUCAGUUCGAUCCAGAUGACAUGGCCCUGUAUGUGAUCAUGAAAUCCGAGUGGCUACGCGACGCCCUCUUUGACCUCCCACCAUCCUGCACUCGAAUAACCUUACUUGCUCAUCCACCUAAAGAACCUAUCCCGCCCAAAGAGCCCGACGCGACCUUCUCAUCCAACGAUCGACGCGUACGUCGAGCGGAAGUAGGUCAAUUUACGAUUCUCGCCGAAGGGGAUUUCGGUAUGACCGAAUUGGAUUAUCCGAAUGAUAAAGAGGUGAUGGAUAAGUUUGAUUGUGCGGAAAAAGUAAAAUUCAGCUACAAUUCCUCCCAUUUCGCCCUCCUUCAUCGAGCAUUACAUCAAUCUCUGAAGAUCUGCUUACAAAUUGAGAAGAGCGGAUUUUUGUGCGUUCAAAUUAUGAUGCCUCUGAGUGAGAAUGUUGAGAUUGGAGGUCAUUCUGGGAUUUUGGAAUUCAAGAUGCACGCUUUGGAGGAAGAUGAUUAA